AUGGUCCCAUCCCCAAGAGCGGACGGGGAGCAUCAUCCCGAGGCCAAGAGCAGGGAAAUCCGUUGGGAAUCCUCUCCUGCUCCUUCCCCCGGGGCGUCAGGGCACCGGCUCCUUCUGAUUAAAUCGUCUCGAGGGCCAGCGCCGCAAGUGCUGGAGGAGGACGGCCCCGUGGUCCAGGCCAGCAAGCGGCAACGCUACGUGACGAAGGUGGGCAAGUGCCAGGUGAACCUGGGCAACAUCCAGGAGAAGAAGCGGUUCCUCUCAGACGUCUUCACCACCAUCGUGGACCUCAAGUACCGCUGGUUCCUCUUCGUCUUCAUGAUGUGCUGCAUCGUCACCUGGGUGGUCUUCGGCACCGUCUACUUCUUCAACGCCUGGGCGGGGGGUGACAUCAGGCACCGGGGUGAUCCCGAGCGGCGGGUGUGCAUCAAGAAUGUGGACGGCUUCGUCUCCACCUUGCUUUUCUCGGUGGAAAGCCAGCGGCCCAUCCGAAAGGCGCCUUCCGGGUGGACUACAGCCGCUUCGAGAUGA